AUGACCUACCCAUCUACCUACACGGCCUACCGCCGCAGCGCGGGUAAAGACACUUCCUCUCGUCAAAACCCUCUCACUCUUGAGAAAAGCCAAGAAACUCUUCCUCAGGAGGAAGACCUCGGACCCAACGAUGUGGUCAUCAAGAUCCACGCCGUAUCGCUCAACUACCGCGACGUCGCUAUGCUGAUUAAGGAAUAUCCCGUCCCCGUUACUGAACAAGGCAUUCCAUGCUCUGAUUGCGCCGCCGAGGUCGUCGGGCUGGGGUCUGCAGUCAAGAACUUCAAGGUCGGAGACGCCGUUGCUCCGAUUUGCAACCAAGGCGACUUUUAUCCGACGGAUGAUGCAAUUACAGUGGCUAUCGGUGCAAAUGCUCCGGGCACACUGAGGCAAUAUGGUGUUUAUCAAGCGAAACAUUUGGUGCACUUGCCAAAGAACUUGUCGUGGGAGGAGAGCUCGAUGCUACCCUGUGCAGGUGUCACUGCUUGGAACUCUUUGGACUCGUUGAAAACGGUGCAGGAGCAUUCCAGUGCCCUUCUGCAAGGAACUGGCGGCGUUUCCAUGUUCUCUCUGCUACUUUGUCUCGCUGCAGGCAUUACGCCAAUCAUCACCUCGUCUUCGAAUGACAAGAUCAAAGCCAUCCAAGAGAGGAUCAGCGACAAGGUCCACGGUCUCAACUACAAGACCGACGAUCAAGGCGCUAGGAUUAAGGAAAUCACAAACGAUCGCGGCGUCGACUUCGUUGUUAACAACACCGGCGUUGGCUCCCUCAUCGAUGACAUCUCUUACCUAUGCGCUCGUGGCGGAACCGUCUCCCUUGUCGGCUUCCUUGCUGGUUGGGACGCAGACUGGAAGCCAAGUCAGCUCAUGGCCUUGAUGGGUAAGGGUGCCAAGUUGAAGGGCAUUGCUGUAGGGUCGAAGAAGGACUUUGAAGACAUGAACACAUUCAUUGAGGAAAAGAAUGUCAAGCUCGACGUCAUGCUUGACAGGACAUUCGGGUUUGAGGAUGCGAAGAAGGCAUUUGAUCUGCAGCUGUCGGGUAAUUUCUCGGGCAAGAUUGUGAUCAAGGUUGCGGAGUGA